AUGGAACAAGAAAAUAAAUUUGUUUCAAUGAUCAAGGAUCAAAGGAUAACCAUUAUACCCGAAUUCCAAUUACAAUCAGGAAUCGUAUUACAUGAUGUAUCCGUAGCGUAUAAAACUUGGGGAAAAUUAAAUCAGAAAAAAAAUAAUGUGAUGUUAAUUUGUAAUGUUUAUACCGGUAGUGCCGAUUUUACGGAAGUUUGGUCUCCGUUAAUGAUUGGAAAGGGUAAAGCGUUUGAUACCACAAUUUUUUUUGUGUUUUGCGCAAACGUAAUCGGAUCAGCCUAUGGAACCUCAUCUCCCUUAACAAUGAACCCUGAUACCGGAAAAUUAUAUGGUCCGACAUUUCCACUUACAACUCCGAGAGAUGAUGUUAGGUUACAUAAAUUAGUUUUGGAUUCAUUGGGAGUUAAACAGGUAGCAAUUUGUAUUGGAGGUUCUCUAGGUGGCAUGCAAGUACUUGAAUGGGCUCUUGUCGGUAAACAAAAGGACGGAGAUGAAGAAUUUGUCAAAGCGAUUGUACCUAUUGCUACUUGUGCCAAAUUAUCUGCCUGGGCCAUUGCUUGGAAUGAGGUUCAAAGACAAAUUAUCUACAAUGAUCCUUUAUAUUGUGAUGGUUAUUAUGACCCAGAGAAUCCUCCAAGUAGAGGACUGUUUAUUGCUAGAAUGAACGCACUUAUUACUUAUAGAUCAAGAAAUGCUUUUGAAUCGAAUUUUGGCAGAGAUGUGAAAGAACAUGAUAAUUAUGACGCAAAUGAACCACCAUUUUAUCAAGUACAAUCGUACCUUCAUUAUCAAAGUGACAAGUUUAUUAAAAGAUUUGAUGCAAAUUGCUAUAUAAGUUUAACACAUAAAAUGGAUAAUCAUGAUAUAUCUAAGGGGAGAGGUGGAGAUGUUAACAACGUAUUAAAAUCAAUCAAUCAACCAGCUCUCAUAUUAGGAUUGAAGGAGGAUGUAUUAUUUCCUAUCUCUGAACAGUAUAAACUUGCAGAAAAUAUACCGAAUUCUGAAAUCAUCACUUUAGGUAUCGAAGACGGUCAUUGUGCAUUUUUAAACGAAAUUGAUACUUUAAAUAAUCUUAUUCUUGGAUUUAUUAAAAAACAUCUUGGGGAAAUUUAUGAUGCAAAAAUUGAAUCAGAAUUUGAUGAAUAA